GGCAGCUGGUAACAUGCAGUCCAGGGAAGGCAGUUCAGAUGGAAAGAGACAGCCAGUGGAACAUUGACAGACCUGUAGAAUCUUCAGCACCACCGCAGCUAGGCAACGCAUCUAAAUAGAACGCCAUCAGAAGGUCUGCUUUCAUCCUGCCUGGCCAACACAGGACACAGCAAAGACCUUCCCAUAAAAGCCUGGUUUACUUAUACUGCAAGUGUGUUCUGGACUCAGUAUUAUUAACCCCAACAAGAAGAGGACAUCACACUCACAUGGACUAGGUAACUUCCUUUAUUCAAUCUGAGGAGAGAAGACCCAGGCUGUCCAUCCCAGUGAUCAGCCAUCUCCAGCCAUAUCUCCCCCAUAGGGAGGUGUGUGUGGAAAGCAUUGCACUGACAGCAGAGGCAAUGCUGGCAAGUUAGAAGCCAAAGCCCCCCCUCCCUGUCCUCCUUUGGUUUAUUUUGGACGAAUCUGCACUUUCAUCACUGACUGAGCUACCUCAGAUCCCAGGGAAACCACUGAUCAGUGUCAGGCUUGUUUUCCUCCUUUUACUCCUGCUACCUUCCCUCUCCUUGGCUGGGAAUCUCCUUCAUCUUAAAAGCUGUGCUGGCUCCUGGCUGCCUGUGGCUCAUUUGAGACUAUAAGGAAGAGAUUUUAUUUUUUGAUAUUAUUAGAAUUAUUCUUUUUGUUUGUUUAGUUCUGUUGUUGCUACUAGUGUUUGGCUUCUGUCGCCGGGAUCCUUUUCCAGCUUCCAAAAUAUCCUCCAACCAAAGACAAUGGUACACUGUGCUGGAUGCGAGAGGCCCAUUUUGGACCGUUUCUUGUUGAAUGUACUGGACAGGGCUUGGCAUGUGAAGUGUGUUCAGUGCUGUGAAUGUAAAUGCAACUUGACAGAGAAAUGCUUCUCCAGAGAAGGCAAGCUUUACUGCAAAAACGAUUUUUUCAGGUAAGUGAUGGAUCAGGCUCACCCAAAGGCCACCAAUGGCUCACAGUUCCAUGUUUGGUCCCAGGGACACAUGGAUCUCGAUGGAAAGAUUAGUCUUGGAACGAUGCUUGAGGAAGUCGUGAGAAUUCUAACACCCGAACCCAGAGAUACCUAUGGAUUAAACCUGGCACCGAAAACAUAUAUUAAUUAUUGAUGCUCUCUAAGCUCCCUCAUUCGCUGAGCCUGAUUUAUUGUCAUCAGCAUGUGUAUAAAACACGCAUUUAUUGAAAUAUACCUCCAAGUGUAGAGUAUAUUUGCUGGUUUGCUGUGUGUUCUUGUACAAACACACCAUGUGUUUUUAUGAGUGUGUGACCUGCAAUAAGGCAAUAUCUUGAAUUUAAUACAUUUAAAUAUAUUGUGUGUGGACGCUGAAAAAAGGAAACCGAAAUGCGUUUAGAUAUUUUCUUACAUUUUAAAUAUCUAUCUAUCUCUCUAUCCCUCUCUAUCUAUCCAUCCCUAUCUCUCUAUCUAUCUAUCAUCUACCUAUCUAUUUACCUAUCUAUUUAUCUAUCUAUCUUGUAUUUUUGUAUUUUUUAAUAGUGAUGUUCUGCUGUAGUUGAUAGUUUAUUAGUAAAACAUUACUAGUAUUAGUUUAGGCUAUUCUUUUAAUACAAGAAUACUCGAAAAAUGACAAGACGUGUCUCUGAACAGGCUAGAUAAUCUACAACUGGCCCUUGUCAGCUGUGAAUUUAUUUAGCACCAUCUGAUGAAUAUUUCAGUGGUGACAAAGUAGAGAUAAAGACUCCUCGGAGAUCGCCUGAAAACGGAUCUAAUGUGCUCGAUCAGUGCGAGGGGGAGCUGCUAUCAGUCCCCCAACAGAUGCACACACCAUGCCACACCGUGCAUUGAGGAGAAGAGCUCAAAAGUGCCCAAAUGGUUUGAUAAUUAUAGAGCCCAGACAUGGUUUCCCACGCAGUGUUUCUGGAGGUUAAGCGACGGGUUAAAACGAUAAUUUGAUGGAUGAAAGUGACAUCUUUUCCUCAGAUAAAGAGCUGAUCUUUCAUGUCAGUGAAUUUUUACAGGCCCAGAGAAAGUGUCAUUUUAGAUAUUUAUUUAUAUAUAUAUAUUUUUCCUUCUUGUCAAACGAUAUAAAUAAUGUCCUACAUCUCUAAGCAUUUCCUACUGCAAAAUGGACAAACACAUAAAAAAAAAAUAUCAAAUUUAAAAAAAACAUUCAAAUAUAUAUAUUAUAUAUAAUGUAUCCUACUCAACUACAGGCGCAGCUUAAAUAUUUUUUUUUAUCUUUAUAAUUUUAAUUCGCUCCAGUGUGGAGUUUAGUAAAUUACCCUUGGUAUCUGACUAAUAGGUUAUCACAACUAAAACACGCCAUAUUCACUAAACACCGAAUUGUAGAGAAUUAAAACAAAACUGUAAAAUGUAAAUACAAUCCAAUGUUGCAAUUUUGGGGUCAGUUCGAUACAGAUCGGAGAUUAGUAAAUAUGCCCUUAUUUAGGAUAUAUUGGACACAAAUUAUACCGUAUAGAGUUCUAUAUACAUGAAUAUUGUUCUUUAUUGAGAUAACUUGCACAAGUAGAAAAGGUCUCUUGAAAGGGUGUUGGAAUUAUAAACCUGCAGCAUUUAAACAUGUACUUGAGAAUAGUUACUCAGUCACACACACUGAGGUGUUAUUUGUUCAGCCACAAUGCCCAGUGUUUGCUAUACUCUAUAGGAGACAUGCUUUUGUGUAUUCAGGAAUAUCACAUAGAAAGGAAAUCACACUUUGAAAUGUACUUAACUUGACUCAUCGCUUAGAUAUCCUGUCCUGCUCUCAGAAAUGCCAGUGUCCCAUGUAGGUAUUAUGGGCUGUGGAUUUUAGUAAAUUAGUGAUAACUAGAUUUGGAUUUGGAAAGGUGUUUAAGGAGGAAACCACAGAAAAUCCAGACACAGUUUGCAGAAGAAUGAGCAUAUUUACUAAACAGCGAUUGGUAACUGACUUGUAAAAUAUGGGGUUAAAUAUUAGAGAAGAGGACUCUCCCCAAUCCCAUUGAGUAGGUUUUGUUCUUUUACUUUUAUUUUUUUCUUUGUUUUAUUUUUGUUUUUUUAUAAAUCCAUAAUCUGCCAUUUUGUUCUAAAUUUCUGUUUACUUACUAUUCCCCAUUUUGACAGGCAUUGCAUAGCUAGUUAAUGUGCAAAUAUAAUAUAAAAAAAUUAUAAAUUUAUAUAUAAUGGCGUUUAUUAUUAUUAUUCUUAUCAUUUACAGUGAAUAUGAGAUUUGAAAAUAUUACUUUACUUUUUAGAGUACAUGUAUACAUGACUAUAUAAAUGGUAGUAAAAUUAUUAUUUUUUUGUAAGGAAUAAAUAUUUUAGGCUGUAUAUUUUUGUAGUCUUGAGAAUUUUCCGAAUUAUACAUAAAAAGGUUUACAUUACACAGUAGUAAAGUCCAGUUUUGGUCUAUAAUAGUUUUUAUUUGUAAAUAGCUUUGAUGAUUAAUUGCUUAUUUGACCCCAAUUCUCCUGUGUAAAGCCAAUUUCUACCCCCUUAGCGAUCCCCAUUUCGCACUAUUACGUAGAAAAUGACUUAUUAUCAUAAAACACAUUAAAAAGGGACGUUAUUUAGAAUACAUUAAAAAUAAUAUAAUGCACUGUAAAUUGAAAAAUUAAAAUUGUGUAUCAUAUCCUCAACAAAAUAUUAUAUUAUAUAAAUGUAAUAAUUUAUAAACAUUGUAUACAAGGUCAACAAACUCAGAUAUUUGCAUUUAAAUAACAAAAUCACUUAAUGUUGCAAAAUUUAAAUAAUAUGCUUCUUGUCUGUUAAAAUGAUGUCAUGUUCUGUAUGAAACACUCUUUGAUAACUAUGCGGAAAAAAAAUAUUUGUUAUAACCAUAGGACAAGUAAUAUUAAAAUAUGGACACAUUCACCUAGGAGUAAAUAAUUCAGUCUUAAAAAAAAAAAAAAAAAAUCUUGAGGGUUUAUUCGCUGAACAGUGAAUUGCAAUUAAUCAAAUACUAAAUUUAGAAUUAGGUGAAAAAUAGACAAGUUGGAUAGAAAGCUAAAUUAGAUUUUUUUUUUUUCAAAGCAAAUCUUAUUUUUAUAAAAUUUGAAAUUAAUAUUGUUUAGUGUUUUCAUUUGUUAAUUUUUUUUAAUUUUUUUUUUGUUUACUUUACAGAAUAAAUCAUUAAGUUUGAUAUAGUUAUAGAUGAUCUCAUCGUUUUCUUGUAAAAUAUUAUCUUCCUUUAAUAUUAUAUUAUACAUAUUUUUCUCUUCUUCUUCUAGACGUUUUGGUACCAAGUGUGCAGGCUGUGCCCAGGGCAUCUCUCCCAGUGACCUGGUGAGGAGGGCACGAAAUAAAGUGUUUCACUUGAACUGUUUCACGUGCAUGAUGUGCAACAAACAACUCUCCACUGGAGAGGAACUUUAUAUCAUUGACGAGAACAAGUUUGUCUGUAAAGAAGAUUAUCUAAAUAACAAUACUGCCAAAGAACACAGUCUUCUCUCAGGUAAAGCUUGCUGGCAGUGCUUGGGGCUGAGGGUGACCAGGAAAUGAGCGAAACGUUAGUCGAUCUGCCUUUGUAUAAUCAUGGCAGUAAUUUGUACUUAUCACCCCCUGAUGUUUUGUUAAAAAUGCAAAUCUAAAUGGAGGGAGGAGAGUGGCAGAGAGAGGGGGAAAAAGUGAAAGGGAUAGGGAAAAAUGGAGGAAAGAAAUAAAAAAAAAGAUGUUUAUUACUAUAAUCAAAAUACAUACUAUUUUGUUAAAAUCCUGAAUUUACAUAUAAUUCUGAAUGUUGAAAUUCUAAAAUUUAAACUUAAAGAGAGCCCCUUUCACUUUGAUUAAUACAAGUAAAAAGCAGUGGGUUGAUGCAAUCACCCUUUGUUUGAUAUGAAUCAUUUCUUCCCUCCCUGGAAUAGUAACAGGCAGUGACCCCAGUUUAUCUCCUGACUCUCAAGACCCAUCUCAAGACGACGCAAAGGACUCUGAAAGCGCUAACAUCUCAGAUAAAGAGGUUGGGAUUAACGAGAACGAUGACCAGAACCUUGGAGCCAAGAGGAGAGGACCCAGGACCACUAUCAAAGCCAAACAGCUGGAGACUCUGAAAGCUGCCUUUGCUGCAACCCCUAAGCCCACCAGACACAUAAGAGAACAGCUGGCACAGGAGACUGGCCUCAACAUGCGAGUGAUACAGGUAAAUCUUGUGUUGGGCGGAUGCCAACUGUGCCAAUGCCAAAUGGAUUAACACUUGGUUAGCACACUCCAAUGUGGAGUUUGUCUGGAAAGCCCUAAACAAUAGCUAUUGUUUGCUCUGUAGAGUCAGGGCAUGGCUUUCCCUAGUCACUACAGAUUGUAUGACGCACAGGCUCCUGUUAACCCUUUCCAGUGCCAGUGAGACGGAAAACGCGUCAGGGUAACCAUAUGCGUUGACGCAACGCAGAAACAUGCAUUCCAGCAGGAUGAAAUUGGAUAUUUAGUGUUACAUGCACAUCAGCAGUAUGCUGAUAAUAAAAUAAUACGCAUUUGGCUAUAUUUGUGCAGAAUUAAGAACACAAUGUAAAAAUUUAAAUCACUGUCAAGAAAGUAAAUAUAUUAUAUAAUUAUAAUAAUAAUACAAAUGAUAUAUCUAUAUUUUUCAACUGUCAUUAUGCAUAUUUCUGUAACAAUUAAUUAAUUUAAUCAGGAGUGGUGCCUGAGUGGAAUGGUCCCAAAACAAUGAAAUGUGGUUUGAAUUUCACAUAAACCUCUGGAUUGAUUUUAUAGUUUGGCUAUUUAAAUUGAAUGCAAAAUUGCAGAAUUAGAAGAAACAUUUGCCUUGUAAUGAUGGUGGUAUCUCUGCCUUACUAUGACUUGCUAUCAGUGAACAUAGAAAGAAUUAUUUACAUCACAUUAUGUAUCUCUGUUUAUAAUAUUGUUUAUUGUGGACAGCUUUGUAGGGUGAAAAUGAAAAUACAAUUUAUCCUAAAGAUGUUUAGAAAUGUCUUGAAAUAAACUCAUAUCAAUGUUUACAUACAAAUAAAAAAAAUGCACUUAAACAUGGUUUCCAAGCAACAUUUUACCAGUAUAAACAAUAGUCUACUAGUAGAAACAAUAAAACUAUUAACGGUGACUCCAAGAAUAAUAAUUAUACUUUACCAAUAGAGUUUUAUCCUGCAAAGCCUUUGGGCUGCCUGAACUGCUAAAUUAUAAUCGUUACUUUGGAGUGAAAUAUUGUACAAAUGGGCUUGCAGUUUCAACUCCUAUCUUAUCAUUUAUUGGCCUUAAAGGAUUGAAUAGGGGUAUCAACUUGCAAAUGGACUAGAAAUUAAUAACCAUAAAUGUGAGGGGUUAAUGGAAAAAUAAGAAUGACAAUGAGCUGGGAUUAUUAAAAGGUUUAUAAACCCGCAGAGCUGGGGGUAAUGGAGGGUUAAAAGAUCAUUAAGGCGAGGUUAGAUUGGAAGAGCCUCAGUGUGAGGAUAAUUAGGAGUAAUCUUGUCAGGGUAAUAAGAAUUAACUCAAUCAUUCUUGACCUAAAGGGGAAAGCCAACCAAGGGGGUGGGGGGGGGUGGGGGGGAGUGUGAGGGGGUGGUUAAAUGCCUUUAAAUGUUUAAUUCAGUGUAAACUGUAAAGAAUCGGUAGCCGGACCUGUAAAUAUAUUUUACAUAUAUUUGAGUGGAGAAUAGUCAGGGUUUCUUUAUCCACGCACGAGUGGGUUAUCUUUCAUUAAACUGCUAUAGUGGAAUCUUCCCACAGAGACACUGGAGUUCACCCAGGUCAUCUACAGUCCCAGGGGGUGAAUCCUAGUUUCUGCCAGGGAAAAAAGUUAAUGAGUGACAACGACAUAGUGGAAAAAGUGACUCUAGGUUAUUCAAUACCCUCUUCUAGACAGACACAAUGUAACACUGCCUUAUUAUUAUUAUUAUUAUUAUUUUAUUAUUUUUAUUUUUAAAAUAUUAUAUUUAAAAUUCAACAAGUGCAUCGAUAGGUAGCUAGAUAGAUAGAUAGAUUCCACAGGACAGUUAUUAUAACUCAUCUAGUACAUUUGUUAUAAUAAAAUAAAAAAUACAACAAAAGAGAAUCCCCCUUGCAAUUUGCUUCAUGCACGGCAAUUAUCAAAGGAGAAGCCUACAGUACAAGUUAAUAGAUUUCACAGCAAGUGAAUUUCUUUUUUUGGAUUUUUUUUUUAAUACAUAUAUAAAUAAUAUUUUAUAUUAUAGUUUUUUUUGUUUGUUUGUUUUAUGUUACAAAUUGCUUAAUGAGGUGGGUCAUCCACACAAAUCGACCUAGCUAAAAUGUAAAAAAAAAACAUAGACCUUUAUUCAUCAAAUAAGUAGAUUCCACAAACGUAGGACAUUCUAACUAAAUCUUUCAAAUUAAAAUGGUAUCGCUGCAAAUAAAUGUGUGUGUGUGUGUUUCUGUGUAAGAACAAUAUAAACACUGACUGACAUGGCAUUGUACAGCACUUCGCAAUAAUAAACAUUUAUACAGUGUGUGUGUGUGUGUGUGUGUGUGUGUGUGUGUGUGUAUGUGUCUGUGUGUGUGUGUGUGUGUGUGUGUGUGUGUUUAACACGUGAUCUGAACAGUUAUCACAUUCCAGUCAAUGUGAUUUAUAGUGUGUAUUUACCCCAAUUCCUAAAUUUAUGUGUAUAUUAAAUUUAGUUAAGUAGGUUUUUUUAAAGAAUGAGUUCCUAACGGGCGUUGAUUAGUAGAUAGCGGGAUUGCCAUAUCCAAGCUUACUUUUUAUGUGAUCAGAUAUAAUAAUAUCCACAUAUUAUUUGUAUAAAUGUUAUUUACACAGAUGUAUAAAUUAAAUAUAAGGUGCAUUCACAGUCAUUUGGAUUGAAUCUUUGCUAAAGCAAUGUUUUGAUCAAGUAACCAAUACAUACAAGAUAUAUCACCAGAUUAAUAUCAGUAACCAAUCUUCAAAAAAGGGCAGUAUGGCAAUUUUAUUAAUAACGCUUCCCCAAUAUAUUUAGCUUGUGGGGAAAAAAAUAGACAACUAAUCCAGGUCUGUAAAUAGAAUAAAAUACUUUACAAGGAUUUAUUCACUAAAAGGUGAGCGAUGGUAAAAUAACAUUAGAAAUACAAUGACUUAUAAAUAUUUGUAAAAUUUUAGCAUGCGAUUUACACAAUUCUGCUAAUCUGAACCCCUCCCUCUUUUAUUCCUCUAAAUCGACAGGGGUUACUGUCUAUUUAAGGUUACAUUUGUCAAGUCGGUUGCUAGAUUUAUAUUAUCCCUUAUUUAAAUCUAUACAUCCAUAUAAUGAACAAACCCAGAAUUAAAUGGGUAUAUUUAAGUCGGUGAUUAUAUAAAACUGUAUUUUGUUUGAAAAGGCAGCCGGACGUUUAAAAAAAUUUUGAGAUGGAGAUCAUCCUGAUGUGGUUAUUUUGCAAUUCUCUACCAAUUUCCGGCUAAGGGAAUAACCCUGUCCAAAGUUUGUCAUACAACCUAAAUUACAUUUAAAUAACAUCCGGUUAUAAAAAGGAGACAAAGCAGUGACCUUGAUAGAAACGCCAACCCCCAACCAUUGCAUUUCCCCCGAAACAUAUAAAAAAACUAAUUCCGAUACAAAACAACCAAAAGCAUGAGUUCCAAAUACACUUUCAAUGUAAUAUAAGAAAUAUAUAUAGUUAUAUUGUUAUAUAUUUGUAUAUUUAUAUAUUUAUAUAUUUGUCAACGUUUCGAUUCCAUAACAAUCUAGAUUAAAGAAUCUUCAAUUGCAAUUAGCAUCUGUCUGUUGUAGUGACUUUGGAUCUAGAUGCAUUUCAGUGUUGCUAAUGACGCUAAUGUGACGCUGUUUUUGCGCUUGCAGGUCUGGUUUCAAAACCGACGCUCCAAAGAAAGGCGCAUGAAGCAGCUGAGUGCGUUGGGAGCCCGCCGGCAUGCCUUCUUCAGGAGUCCCCGCAGGAUGAGACCUCUUGUGGACAGACUGGAGCCAGGAGAGCUAAUCCCCAAUGGACCCUUUUCAUUCUAUGGAGGUAGGAGCCAGAGAAAGGCAAAGCUCAAUGCAAGGCAUAGAGGGGGAACACUAAAUAUCGAUAUGCCCAUGAUGUAUAAUCUUUUUAUCCGGAUCUUUCGAAACUACAACUCACAUGAUGCUCUGCCUGCUUUGUAGACUGGUCAAGCUUCCAGGGAGCUGGAGGUGCUAGAUAAAUGUGGCAGUACUGUAAUUGAAGCAAUGGUCUCUGCAUAUAUUCAGCAAAGUCCUACUUUUCUCUGCCAAUAUUAUAAUAGAUAGGCAUUUCUUACAUCUGUUUAGAAUAUUAAGAGGAUAUUCUGCAAGCUGGUUUUUAAUUCAGCUCAGUUUAGUGAAUAAUCCCCAUCUGUAAAAGGCCAUGUAAGACAGCGGUCCAUUCAAUAGCACAAUGUAAGAUAUUGGGUACUUGGUCCUUUAGCUAUGUAAACAUCUUUACACACAAUCAUUCCUAAGCAUACACAGGCAAACACAACCCAAUAAGAAUGUAAUGGGAAUGCUAGGCUGGCAUUUUUAAAUAAUGAAUGCAAAUAUUUUAAAUGAGAAUUUUAACGAUGAAGGAUGAGAUUGGGUAAAAUUGCUUGAGCACUAAAGUGUCAGAAAUGAUAUUUCUGUUGAUGUUACCCAGACAGGCGCUAGGUCGACUCAUUUUGUAUGGGCCCUAUGAAUACAGCAUAGCUGCAAAUCAGAUAACCUCAUAAAUAUGAAUGAAUGGCUGCUCUCAACAGUUCAAGUUUAUUGUAAAGAGGAGGAGAGCCCAGAACAGUCUAACAGAUUCUAUCCUUCAUUGCAAAUACACUGAAUGUACUGUGUGUGUGUGUGUGUGUGUGUGUGUGUGUGUGUAUGAGUGUGUGUGUGUGUGUGUGUGUGUGUGAGUGUGUGUGUACACCUAUGUUUGUGUGUGUGUGUUUGCAUGUGCGUGUUUAUAUGUGUGUGUGUUUGUGUAUAUUUAUAUAAGUAUGUUUGUGUAUGGGUGUAUGUGUGUUAAUGCAUGUGAGUUUUUAUAUGUAUGUGUGUGCUUAUAUAUGUAAGUAUGUUUGUGAAUCGGUGUUAAUGCACGUGGGUGUUUAUAUGUAUGCGUGUGUGCAUUUGUGUGUGUGUAUAUAUAAGUAUGUUUGUGUAUGGGUGUAUGUGUAUUAAUGCAUGUGAGUGUAUGUGGCUGUAUAUGUUUCUGUAUGUUCAUGUGUUUGUUAGCUAACUGGGCAUUUAUUUAUUAACGUUACAUACCACUUACCCUAAAAAGGCCCAGGAUAGCCACAUCCCAAUGAUAGCUUCAUAUUUGAUCAAUCAAUGUUGAUCUUAAAAGGAGUCUGUUGCUACAACUGAGCCAUUUCCCGAUCUCUUAUCAAUGACACCAAUCUACACAUACCAAGAAAACCUCAGCAAGCCUAUGGGUUUUCAUGCUUGAAAUACUUUGUUAAUAUUUAAUAGAGUUUCUGAUGGUUGACUAGCAUACACCAUUCUUCAGUGAGUUCUAUGCACAAAUAUAGUGUAAUGCUUUGCUCGCCAUCAGUAUUAAACCACUAAAAGGGACUUCUCAAGCUGUAUGUGGAAUUACUGAAGGUACUAUAUAGAUAGAUAGAUAGAUAGACAGACAGAUAGAUAGAUAGAUAGAUAGAUAGAUAGAUAGAUAGUCAGUACAUUGUUAAACACAGAUCUGCACACACAAGGCAAACCUCGAGACUUCCUUUUCCCACAGAAAUCUCUGAUUUGCACUAAUAUUACGAUAAAUAGAUAGAGAGGGAAAUAGAUGGAUAGAUAGAUAGAUAGAUAAGAUAGACAGACAGACAGAUAGAUAGAUAGAUAGAUAGAUAGAUAGAUAGAUAGAUAAGAUAGACAGACAGACAGACAGACAGAUAGAUAGAUAGAUAGAUAGAUAGAUAGAUAGAUAGAUAGAUAGAUAGAUAGUCAGUACAUUGUUAAACACAGAUCUGCACACACAAGGCAAACCUCGAGACUUCCUUUUCCCACAAAAAUCUCUGAUUUGCACUAAUAUUACGAUAAAUAGAUAGAGAGGGAAAUAGAUGGAUAGAUAGAUAGAUAGAUAGAUAGAUAGAUAGAUAGAUAGUACAUUGUUAAACACAGAUCUGCACACACAAGGCAAACCUCGAGACUUCCUUUUCCCACAAAAAUCACUGAUUUGCACUAAUAUUACCAUAAAUAGAUAGAGAGGGAAAUAGAUAGAUAGAUAGAUAGAUAGAUAGAUAGAUAGAAUUAUUAUAUAUCAAUAAAUAUGGAAUAUGAUGUGUAGUACAUGUUCUUGUCCAGGGAAAUCAUAUGCCAGGUAGAAUUAGUAGUGUUAUAAUAAAGAAUAGUUAUGGCUAUCGAAGCCUAAGAUGUUUCAUAUCAUUUUUAACUAGUGCAGGAUGCAACAAUGGAUUUACAUGCAUUGCUUUGUAUAUAAUAACUGUUACACUAUCAGCUGAAAAUUGAAAAUCAGCUGGUUUAAAUAUGAUUCUCUGUUAUCUGUCUGUCUCUCUCUCUCUCUCUCUCUCUCUCUCUCUCUCUCUCUCUCUCUCUCUCUCUCUCUCUCUCUCUCUGUCUGUCUAUGUUCUAUUUUCCCAUCGUUUUACAUUUCCCCUGCCAGUGUUAUUUGGUAUUCAAAAUUGACUGAAUUAGCGGUUUAAACUUUGUAUCAGUUUAAAAGAUGGAAUCAGUUGGAAUCAGUGUAAAAGAUGGAGAUGUUUUUCUUAUAGUUUGGCCUACAGUUUGCAAAUUACCGGUAACGUGCACUGUCUUGCAAUGUGUUAAUGAACACACCCACAGUCUUCCAAAACGGUUUUGUUUUCUGUAUAAUUAUACAUAACAGACGUUACGUUUCUUAGUGACAAAUAGAAACUAAAGAAUACAUACACUUGUUAAAUACUUCCAGUAUAAAGCAUAACAGCACAUAGGUUGGGCAUUAUUGGGCUGCAUUUCCUCAUACAUUAUAAUACAUAUAUAAUAUAUAUUUAUCUUUACAUAUUUGUAAUUUUUUAUUAUGAUAAUUUUUUUUUUAGAUUACCAGAGCGAAUAUUAUGGCCCAGGAAGCAAUUAUGACUUUUUCCCACAAGGACCACCUUCAUCUCAAGCCCAGACUCCUGUAGAUCUUCCAUUUGUACCUUCUUCUGGACCAGCAGGGACUCCUCUUGGUGGAAUGGACCACCCAUUACCUGGUCAUCACCCUUCCAGUGACGCUCAGCGUUUCUCUGACAUCAUGUCCCACCCACCAGGAGACUCUCCAAGCCCAGAGCCCAACCUACCAGGUUCCAUGCACUCUAUGUCUGCAGAAGUCUUUGGUCAAAGUCCCCCCUUUUCAUCUCUAUCGGUCAAUGGAGGUGCACCGUACGCCAAUCAUUUGUCACAUCCACCAGAAAUGAACGAAACGACCGUAUGGUAGUCUUAUUUUUCUUUUUUUCUUUUAUGUUUUUUUUUUUUGUUUUUUUUUAUACAAACACAAAAAAAAAAAAAAAUCCAACAACAACCAAACUAGACAGACUGGAGUAGUCAAUUUAUCAUUCAUAGUUCUUUCUUGAUAAGUUGUGGUGUACAGAACUGGUAAUUAUUAAUUUUAUUGUCCACCCCCCACCCCACCCCCACCCUAAAAAAACGAUGUACAUUUUGGAUUGAACUAAUGACCUACAAGAGAUCUCAAUGAAAUGGGAUCAAUGAAAAACAAAAAAUAAAACCUAAAAACAUUUAUAUUUUGUAUGGUGGCGUGUGGAUGGUAAAUGUCACCUUGAUAUUCUGGUGACCCCAAAAUCUCAGUCCUUUUUCACUUUCAUAGUCCAUGAAGAAUUCAUAGGUAUGAGAGAGAACCUGCAGGAACCUGCAGCAGUUUGUAGUAUAUCUGGAUUGUUCUCAACAUUCUGAGUAUGUUCCUCAGAUAUUAAAAUGGAACAAACCUGGGAGAGCUUCAGACAAUACACUUGCCAUCCAGGUGCAACAAACAUUUAAUUGCCAAAAUGACAGAAUACAACAAUGUAAAGCCCUCACAAUCAACUAUUCUACCUUCACAAAGCUAAUCACAAAAAGUAAAAAUAAACAAAAAUAAAAAUCCUCAUGAUCAGGGUCUGCUGUGCCAGAUCUGCAACCAGACUGACUUGAAAUAGAUUCUACCUUCACUAAUAGCGAAAUAAAGAGACUAUUGAACUAAAAAAGCAGUCGACUGUUUACGUAUGACUUUAAAUUCAGGAGCCUAAUGUUUUAGUAAUAAUCCUGUUUUAGAAACCUCUUUGUUCAAAAAUAAAAAAUAAUAACAAAAAAAAUAUCGAAAUGUUUUGAGCAAUCAAACCAAAUGAUUAAUUCUACUUAGUUUUUGUUUUAUUCUGUUGCUAUAUGGGGACUGAUUGCAAAAGCUUUUUUUUUUUUUUUUUUUGGUACACUUGUGCUAGUUUAAGAUGUUGUUUACAGAAGGUAUAAUUAUGAGCAUUGAGUGAGGUGCCAAAUAAAGUUAAUUAAAUAGCACAAAAAAAUACUGUAAGGUGCAUUAGCACCAGUCACCAUAGAAAGUAUUUAAAUGUGUUAAAAACAGUAAAAAAAAUGAUAAUAAAACAAACAAAAAAAUUUGCUAUACUUUUUAGUCCUGUUGAACACUCAUUGACUUGUUAAUGACUUAUAUAGACAAACAGGUUUUAUUUUUCUGUCCUUAAAGAAAAGUCCAAAAUAUUUAAAUUUUAUGGUCAUAUAUGCAGUUCCAAGCUGCUUUUUUCUUUAUAUAUUAAAUUUUCUCAUACGUCUUUUAUUGUUAUAAUAAGAACCUAAGCUUGUGUGACCUCCAGUGCAUAUUAGACCAUUCACUGUAUGAAAGGAAAACAUGUUGAUAAAUUUGUGAAUUUUUAAUAAAAAUAGAAAAUCUGACGUUUAAAUAA